AUGGAGGCAGUACCAAAAUUUGCUUUUAUAAGUUUUGAGCUAAAGGUUAGCCCAGAAAGUACGCAUUUUGGGCCAAAACUAAAACAAUAUAUAGCAGAGGUGUAUCGAGAGGAUCCUGAAAGUUAUGCGAACGAAAUGCAUCAGUUAGAAGGCUUGCGAUCUGCUGCUGUACGGCCGACGGUUGAUUCUGCAGGACUCAAAGCUUUAAACAGAUACUUUUGUCAACUGCGUGCUAUGCAGAGUCGAUUUCCGAUGGCUAAAGGACAACCUGCUGCUUGCAUGUUUGUUUGGAAGGAUCUAUAUGCAAAUAUGAAUUGUUCAUUGGCAGACUUGCGAUUUGAGAUGGCAUGCAUUCUGUAUAACAUAGGGGCUCUUCAUACUCAACUAGCAUCAUUUGAAACACGUACAUCGGCAGACAGUCUGAAAGUUGCAUGUCAGCAUUUUCAAAAUGCCGCAUGGGCUUUCCAGUACUUAAGAGAACAAUACCCUCAACCAUCUGGGGCAGAUGUGUCUUCAGAGAUUCUUAAAUUAUUACAAGAGAUAUGUUUUGCACAAGCUCAAGAGUGUAUAUUGGACAAAAGCAGACAGGAUACGAGGAAACCUAGUGUUAUCGGUUCAGUAGCAACACAGGUUUUACAUUUUUACAAAAACUCAAUGGCUAUACUGGGUCCCUCGACAGGGACAGAUAACAUCCAUGAGAUAAUCGGCACCAAAUUAUACAACAACUGGUAUCGCCACUUGUCCUUUAAGGCCUCCUACAUUGGUUGCAUUGUUUUGUUAUAUCAAGGAAUAAGUGCUGAAGAACAGCAGAAAAUGGGUGAGCGUGUCGCUUGCUACCAGCUGGCUGUCGAUAAAUUGAAUGAAGCUCGAAAGUUAGCAAAAUACAUAGAACCAGUGCAAGUGACCCAAGAAGGUCUCACCUUCACAAACGACAUAGUUGAGGGCAAACGAAAAGCCGCCAAGAACGAAAAUGAGUUUAUAUACCAUGAAGAAGUUCCCGAACAAGAUAUGCUAACUGAAAUGAAGCCUGUGUGCUUAGUAAAAGCUGUAGCGAUUGAUUUCAACGACCCCGAGGUGGCGGGCACCGAUGUGUUCGCUCGGCUGGUGCCUCUGGGCGCGCACGAGGCGGCCUCGCUGUACUCGGAGCGGAAGGCGCAGCUUCUGAGGCAAGUGGGAGCCCAGGCCGACGCCAAGGAUCUAGAGCUCACGGAGUUCCUGUCGUCGCUUCAGCUCGAUCAGCUGGACCGUCUGGACGAUGACGACCAAAAGAUUCCGCAGGAGGUCGUGGACCGAUGUGCGGCCAUGAACGCCAACACGGACAUGAUCACCACCCUCGCCGGCUCCAUGAACGCUCUCGCCGAACUCAUCACCGACGUCGAGCACGCGCUCGCGGACAUCGAAGCCGUCAUACAGGAGGAGAACGAGGCGGAGAAGCGGUACCAGAAGGCGAUGGGCCCGCGGCCGCCGUCGCUGGUGCAGACGGAGCUGGCCAGGGAGCUGCACAAGUACCGCGAGGCGCACGCGCGCACCGCCGACAGCAACGCCGUGCUGCACAAGGCCAUGACGCUGCACAUCGCCAACCUGCAAUCGCUGGCUCGUCCGCUGUCCGAGCUGCUGGGCGCGCUGCCCGGCGUCGCGCGGUUGCCCGCCCCGGACCGCGACGCGAUGCGCGAGAUGCGCCGGGUGCUCGCCAAGGCGCACGAAAUGCGCGCGCAGCGCCACGCCCUGCUGGACGAGCUGCGCGUCGCGCUCGCCGCCGACGACGUGACGCCUCGACUGCUGGCCGACCCCGCGAGCGACCGCGACCGCCUCUUCGACCUCGAGAUCGAGAAGCACACGCCCCGGGUCAAGAUAAUCGAACAGAAUUUGGCGGCUCAGGAGAACGUCAUCAACCGCCUGACCUCGCUGUACGCCGCGUACGGGGACUCGCGGCGCCUGCUGGCCGACGUGCUGCGCAAGCGAGACGCCACGCUCAACGGUCUGAUAACGUCGUACGACAGCUUCGGCGAGCUCGUCAACAAGUCGACCAAGGGGCUGGAGUUCUACCGCAAGCUCCAACACAACGUGACGGCGCUGCUCGCGCGGGCCCGCUCCGUUUGUCAGGUGCAGCGUGAAGAGCGAGCCCAACUCGGCGAAGCCGCCCCCGCCCCGGUCGCCGCCGCCGCCGCAGCUCCCGCUCCCGCUCCCUCGGCUGCGCCCAAGCUCAAAGACUAUCUGCCCUACAUGAAGAACAGGACGUCGUCCAGGACGGUCCCGCCACAAGGUAGUCCCCCAGUGAAACCCCUAAACGGCUAUUUUUAUUUUAUUUUAUUUAUUUUAAUAGGCUAA